AUGUCCAAUUCAAGCUGUGCCAAUGAAGAUAUUAUUAUAAGAUUUGAAAGUCUUAAUCAGAAAAUAUUGCAUUCCGUCUAUCUUCUGGUUAUUAUUCUUACAUUUAUCACAACAUUCUUCGCUGUUAAAAUUAUUUUUACUCGAUCAUUUUUUGAAAUAUCCACCAAAAUCCUUCUUGUCCAAAAUUUAUUCUACACCAAUUUAUAUCAAUUUUUCUACGGAAUUGAAGCAGUCCGAAUGUUAUACAAAAGCUUUUAAAUGAUUAAUGAUCCCUGCAAUUUUAUGGAAUCUGAGAUUGAAUGUGCAUUUUAUUAUAAAAUAAUUUUAAUGGGUUCAAGUGGAAUAGUUUAUGGGCAAACCGGCUUACUCAUUGAAAGACUAUGCGCUACAUUCUCGAAAAAUUAUAAAACAAAACAAAAUGCAAUUAAAUGUUCUGUUAUUUCUGUAUUAAUUUUGGUAUGUAGUUCUUCAACAGGAAGACUGAUUGUAUGGGAUGAUCCCCUUGAUAAAUAUUGUAUUGCAUGUUAUAUACCACCUAAAGAAAGUUAUCACAGAUCAAAUAAUUAUUUCAUAAUGUGUGCUGUCCUUUCAUUUAUCAAUUUUGAAAUACAACAAACGAUGCGAAUUUCAAACUCGUUUCAAAGUUGGUGCUCGUUUUCAAAAGCAAGAACUGAUAGAAUCAACAAAAGCCAUUUGUUUCUUAACGAUGUCUCAAUUCCUGGCGGUUUUUCUAAAUUCAUUUGGACUUCUCGUUUUCAUAUUUUUCAAGGAAAGUAUUUCUUAUCGGAUUUACUCUUUGUUGGUUGUUUGGCUUUAUGCGUUUCCAGUUGUAGCAUUCAUUUUUCCGGUUAUAUUAGUUCAUCGGAUUCGUAGAAGUCGGUCUAAGCGAGCUUUGAAAAUCAAAGAGAUGAAGAAUGAGAAACAGACACAGGAUGAUCAUAUGAAACAGAUGAAGAAUAUGUGGAUUUAACGAAUUGUUUAAAAAAUUUGGAUUCCACUUAAUUUUCAAUUACAAACGUAGCUGAAAAAAACCACUGUAUGACUUUAAUGGUUUCUUAGAUUGAGUUAGAUAAGAAGGAAUAGAAAAAUGUUAUAUCUCUACUAUUUCCUACUAAUAAAAGUGAUUUUGUUUU